GAACAUUUUUCUAUUUACUCUUCCCUCCCGAGCAUUGCUUCCACUGUUGGGCAAUGAUGCUUAAUUCUUAAGGCUGAUCGGUGCUAUAUUUAGGAGGGUUGCCCCCCUAAUUCGACAGGGAUCGGAAUGCCAACGGGACUUCGCACCCAACUCCGUGCUCCCUACGGAGUACACCCUCUAAAUAGCAUCGAGAGAAGAGCGACGGAAACAAAGGUCAUAACAGAGAAAAGGAGAUUGCUUCAGGCCGCUUUGCAUCAGAUUCCGUCCGCCUCGCGGCUUUCCACGCGGAAAACACACAUCUUUCUGGUUAUCUGGAUUUAUGCAGUACAUAAUAACGGAUCAAGCGGCUAGACCAUAUCUAAUAUGUAUUGCAUUGUACGGAGUACGGAGUAUGCUAAGAGGAGACCGUUUUGGGAGGGGAGUGUGAGAUGGGAGCUUCUACGGCCUUGGCGGGUACGGAGUAUGGAGGAGCCUCAAAAAUAUCAACAAUACAAUGACAUAACAGGCCCUGCUUCGGCGAUCGACUUUGUUAUUCUUAUCCAGAUCAACAUCGAUACCUGAGGCUGAGAUGCAGAUGAUCGUUUUACGUGACCUCCAACAAGAAGCUGAUGGCCUUAAAGAGGUCACACUUAUUCAAUCAAAUAUGUUGGGAUAAUGGAACUCUCUCCCCCCCCGGGCGGAGGUGAUUUGGCCUUUUGGCCUAUUCGGUGGUCUACUGAAAUAAAGACACAGGGGGGGGAAUUUGGUUCUUGCGCACCUAGCACCAAUCCCAUGGCGGCUUAGGCCAACAGGGCCACACGACGCUUUUGGCGCUUUCGCGCGCACUUCUCGAUGAAGCCCAUGCCUCAGCCGACGUGAUCAUUCACUUCUUCUCCGUCAUCAAACCCCGGAAAUCCAAAGAACAGGGUACCCGAUAAAUCACUCAUUUUGAAUGCCGCGCAAAUAUUUGAGCAGUGUGCCCUGUUUACCUACUAUUUUAGCACAGGCUGUGCCAUCACUUCCCAUGUACCAGCCAUCCCCAGACGUUCAUUUUGUUAGGUGAAUGCUGGUAAUUGACGUAGCUAGAGAAGUCCAUCUUUCCUUGAGAA